CUGGUGCAUAAAUAAGUGAUCCCACACACACAGCGCUGUGACAAGGGACGAGCUUUCAGUGUGUGUGUUGAGAGCAACUCUGGUCGCAGCAGCAGCAGCAGCAAUGAGAGCAACGGUGUUGGCGAUUGGGGUAAUUGUGCUCUGUGCACUGACUGUGCAUGGAGAUAUCCCAGUGCAGAAAAACUUCGACCUCAACCAGUUCCUAGGGAAAUGGUACGUGGUGGGAAUGGCCUCGGACGCACAAUGGUUCCUGGGGAGGAAGGACAAGUUUAAGAUGAGCACCAUCAUCAUGGCACCCGGAGAAGAUGGGCACCUGAACGUCACGCUCAUCAAAAACAAGGUUGGAGGCUGCUGGCAAAUGGACUUUGUGUACAACAAGACAGAUCAGGAAGGACGUUUCAAGUACCACAGCAAACGUUGGAAUAAUGACAAUGAUGUCCGAGUUGUGGAGACUAACUAUGAUGAGUUUGCCCUGGUUCACAGUAUUAAAACCAAAGGCGAUGAGGUCACGAUGCUGGUGAAAAUGCUCAGCAGAGGCCAGGAGCUGAGGUCAGAGCUUGUUAAGGAGUUCAGACAAUACUGUUUUGCCCAAGGACUAAAUGAAGAUAACAUUCAAAUGUUCCCCAAAGAAGAAGAAUGCCAACCAAGCCGCAAUUGGCUGACCAACACAACUGAGAGAAUGGGGCGAGCGUGUCUUCUGGUUUUGGCAAUCUCCUCUCUGUGCUUUCUCCUGAAGGCAGUAACUGGAAUGCCUGUUGAAAGUGGCAUUCCUGUUCUGGAGAAUUUUGACGUCACUCCGUUUCUCGGGAAGUGGAACAGCAUUGCCUUGGCAACUGAUUACCCCAGGAUACAGCAGAUCAGGGCCGAAUUGAAGAUGACAACGUAUUCUUUGGAGGAAUCUGACCAGCCUGGCAAAAUCCAUGCUUCACAUUUGUUUUAUGUAGGAGACAGAUGUACGAAUAUGUCAGUGAUGUGUGACAAGCUGCAGCCUCCUGGUCGGUUCGCACUUUCAAGGUCAAGGUCAAGCGAAGAAUUCCGAGUGAUUCGCGGCAAACACCACGAAUAUGCCGUCGUCGUCUUCUACAGUCAUGGGGCAAACAAAACAGUGACUACACUCAGGUUGUUCGGGAGGGCACAGGAGCUGAGGCCGGCCCUUCUGGAAGAUUUCCGUCAGAUAUCCUUGGAUCAAGGCAUUCCAGAAGAAUGUAUUUUCCUGUUGCCUAAGGCAGAUGAAUGUGUGUCGGACAAGACUUUACCAGAAUCCCAAAACCAGCAACGAGUGCGAAGAAUGGCUGUGGUCGAACCUGAGGAAGGAUCUGGUUUGCUUCCUUCUAAUGUCCCCUUCUUCAGCAGAACUGAUGUUGAAGCGGCGUGCCAGCUGCCAGCCGAGCCCGGGAUAUGCUUUGGGCACCACGAACGCUUCCAUUACAACCAGUCGACGAUGACGUGUGCGAAGUUUGUUUACGGCGGUUGCUCUGGCAAUGGCAAUAACUUCCUGACUGAACAGAUUUGCCUGCAGAGAUGCAGGACUGUAGCCGCCUGCAGGCUGCCCAUAGAAAUUGGGCCAUGCAAAAUUGCAGUAGAUCUCUGGGCUUUUGACUCCGUCCUCGGGAAAUGCAAACCUUUCAUCUACGGUGGAUGUCAAGGAAAUGGCAACAAGUUCUACUCUUUGAAGGAGUGUGAAGAGUACUGUGAUGCAGUCCCAGCAGAAGAGGCUGACCUUCUGGCUGUUUGAAACACAACAUAGAGAAAAAUGAAACUAAAGUAGGGCGUUGAGGUGGCGUUCAUUCGCACUGUGGGACAUCACCAUCACUGAACAGAAGCCUUGUAUCCGAUCAAGAGAUGGGACCCCUUUGUUUCUGUUCUUGUGUUCUUUCUGCACACACAGUAUAUGCUUAAACCAUAUAAUCAAAUAAAGCAUUAGCCUUCA